AUGACAUCGGUGAAAAUGAUAUUAUCACUGCUUCGCCGAACAAGGCUCUACAUAGCAUGGAAAAAGGAGGAUUUAGACACGGUAAUGACACCCGAGAUGGAGAGAAAGUAUUGGAAAAGUGCUGCCAAGGAUCGCAUGAAAUUGCUACGAUCAGAUGCCCGGUUUGUGGGCACAGGUGGGCGUCAUACAGGUACGAUGCCGCCGGUGAUCCUAUCAUAUACACCUGCGCUUCCUCCCGAGAAACCAAGGAAGAUCAAUAGAUACGAAGAUUACUUCAUCACGCCAAAAACAUACUGCAAAUGGCAUAGGAUGGUGUAUCCUGGAACAAAACACCCCACAAUCGCUGAGGCAUCGAGGCUGCGGGCCACGCACGAUCCAGAAGAGCUACGGCAGAUUCACCACAUAUCGCGAAUGCUUCCAGACGACCAGGUCUUUCCGGACGCAGAUGGCGUCCCUAAGCCUUGGUCAUCCAAAUAUCAGAAAAAGUGGCGAAAGUGGUUGAAAUCGAGGGAAAAUGACGUGAUUUUUGUGGAUGAAGAUUUGGAGACACCUCAUCUGAGUCACAAAAUUCAGCCAGAAAUCAAGAAUUUCUCGCCGCGUCGACGACGGAUCUUAAACACAAUUCAUUAA